AAUGAUGUACUACAUGUAGAACCAUCAGCGUCAGCCUAUGUAUGGUGGUGGAUAUGACUUAUGAGUGGAGAGAGCGUAUUGUAUAGAAAGAUACAAAAACCUUUCUUCACCGAAUCCUUUUCUCUGAAGAAACCCUCUACUUUCUACUCCAGGGAGCGAUGCCUCAAUUUUGGAUCAUUUUGGCUGGAUAACAAAAUUAAUUGUAGGCAAUGGGAGGGUGCUGCUGUUCUUCCAGAAAAGCUCAUUUGCAUGGAGCACCUGUGUAUUACUAUUACCCCCCACCUUUGGAAGAGCCAGACUCCUUGGCAUCUCACAACGGUCAGCAGUCCGAACUCACUGCAGGACUCUUGGUUCAUUUAGAUCUGGAUACAUCAACACCUGAUACUUACCAUCCCCCUCCUGCGCCUUUGCCAUACGAUUUAGUUUUCGGUUGUCCAGUAUCAACAGAUUCUGAGUCUUCUAAAGAAGAAACAAUUAGCUGUAGUAGUUUCAAAACUUCCGCUACUUGUGUAGAUCUUGAGGAUGCAGACUGCAAAGCUAAUGCAAAUUCCUUGGAUGUCUCGUCAAAAAUGUUGGAACUCUCAAAAGCUCAUGAACUUAAUCUUUUACCAAAAGAAGAAGAGGAUGCUUGUCCCAUUUGUCUUGAAGAGUACGAUUUAGAGAAUCCAAAAUUUAUCAUGAAGUGUGAACACUAUUUUCACUUGUCGUGCAUUCUUGAGUGGAUGGAAAGAAGUGAUGCCUGCCCAAUAUGUGACCAGGAAAUGGUAUUUGACCAGACUUCCAAUUAAUAGCUCUUUAAUACUUUGCGAGAUAAACAACCUAUGUGUUCUUUGAAACUAGAGAAGCCCAACUCAAUGGCUAGGUGAUUGGGAUCUGCAUAUUCAUCAGAUAUCCUGCUUAUAUUUAGAUGUUUCCAUCAGUCAUUCUUCGGUUGUAAAAAGUGAAGUUCGCUAUAAAAAAAGUCCGAAAGAUUUGUUCGUUGUUUUUCUGCACUGUGUAGAGGUUCAUAUCCAGUUCUCUCAGUCGGAUCCAAAUAUCAUAAGUGGAGUAUUUGGAGAAGAAAUACUUGGGAAAUUAUUGGAAGGUGGAAAAAAUAAUGGUGAAUGCUGCCUUCCUUCCCCGUUUCUGUUUUGGUCUUGUACAUAACUUUUUUGUUUCUUGUUGUGUGUCACGAUUUAAUUCUUUCUCUGGCUUUGAUAACAUUGAUUGGUGUAUGAAAAGCACUGUGAUCAAUAGAUUGUUCUACUUUUUCAAGGUCA